CUUCUCUUCACUCAGUCUCUCUCUCACGCAGGAGUCUCGCUGCUUCUCUCUCUCUUCCUUAAUGGUUACUGUGUGGAAACGUAUCUGCUUCCGAUCUAGUUGACCCUCUUUCAUAAUAUCUUAUCCUGAGUGAAAGAUGAAGUCUUUUCGUCUCUAGCGAAUCUAAUUUAGGACCGAUUCGUUUCCACACAGUAACCAUCCACUUCUUGUCAAGGAAAGCACACAAGCACGAGUCUCUUAAGGGCAUCUUAUAGAUUACAGCUCUUGCCGCUGUGACGCUUUUUGAGUGUAGUGGUGUAGACCAGUUAAGGUCGGUGUUAAACCCGUUGGAGUUCCCCAAUGAAAAGUUUGAUAACACAAGAAAUGUCAAUGCAAAAUGGAUCUAAAGGGAGUUCACCUAGCAUCAUAGCAAGAUUGAUGGGUCUUGAUGUGCUCCCUCCUCCUCACAGAGAACUCAAGCCUUUGGAGAAUCAACAACGCGGGGCGACUGCAUCUGAUAAAGCUCGUGGGAAACAAACAUAUAGUGAAAAAUCUCUUAGGAAGAGGUCAAUGGAUGAGCAGAGAUUCAAAGACGUCUUUGAAGUUUUGGACGCAGAUGAAGGGAAGAGCAGCAGUACUAGUUUGUAUCAGAAGAGGAGGAGUGUGAAUGCUAACUUAACUGAGGCAGAGAUGGCUUUUAUACGCCACAAGUUCAUGGAGGCUAGGCGUCUAUCCACUGAUGAGAAACUCCGUUACUCUCAAGAGUUUAAUGAGACUCUUGAGGCUCUAGACUCCAACAAGGACCUCUUGUUCAAGUUUCUUCAUCACCCAGAUUCAUUGUUCACAAAACAUUUCUCUGAUCUUCAAAGCAUUGUUACAAAACCACAGUGCAGUCACAUAUCACCUCAAUGGCACGGUGAUGGUGUUGACCUAUCAAAGAAGCAGUGCAAAAAAAGAAGUGGUUUGAAACCAACCGAGAUUGUUGUUCUGAAACCUAAUCUUGGCAAGCCACAGACUUGUGCACAGAGCUCUUCUUGUGAUGAGGCCAGGGAAGAUCUCAAACUGUCUAAAGCAUUUGGCAGUUCGUUAGGUAAUGAAGAUGUAUUUCCUUUGAGAGAUUCCAGAGAGAUUGCUAGAAUAGUAUCUAGACAACUAAAGUCAAGUUGUGGCAAUGAGAGUUCCAUAAAAUUUGAUACGUCAAGGUUCAGAGGUUACACAGGAGAUGAAAGCUCGUCCAGGAGUGAUUCUUCAAGACCAAGAACUGACUUUAGCCGCAAGAAUCACACUCGCUCUCUGUCUUCCAGGUCACCGGAGUCUGCGAGUAAGGAGGCCAUGAGGAGGAUGUCUGAGAGGUGGAAGCUGGCUCACAACUCUGAGAGAGAGAUAGAGAUUAGAAGAAGAAACACAUUGGCUGAUAUGCUUGCAACUUCAGAUAGAGAAGCGAGACUAGCGAGUUUUAAUGGGAGCAGUAAAAGGUUUGAGAGCAAUGUUGGAGAGUCUGAGUUGCUAGAUCCGCUUGGGAUUAGUAGUAGAGAUGGCUGGAAAGGUACUGGUAGAAGUAGAGCUACCAUGCAUAAGGAGAGAGCUUGUAGUCACACCAUUGUGCUUCCUAAGAAGUUAACCACUCGAGAUGGAUUAGUGAAGGAGAGUUCUUUCCACAGCAGGCCAAGUUCAAGUAAAAGUCUUAAACUGGAUGGUGAGUUAUCAAAAGAGAAGCUUCCUGCUCUUAAAACACAGAGAAGCUUAUCAGUUCAUGCAGAUUCAGACACUGAAAGUUGUUCAGAAGACUAUGAAGAUGCCAAGAGUAAUCCAUCCUUGGAACCACUUGAUUUGUCAGCAGUUACCUCGUUAACUCACCAUGCUCAGGAGAGUGCAGAGGAAGGAGAUCAACCAAGUCCUCAAACUUCUUUACACGAUGAGUUUUCAUCUAACUCUGAGUGCUUUGAGAGUCUUAGCGCUGAUCUCCAAGGGCUCAGAAUGAAACUUCAGCUACUCAAACGGGAGUCAGAUACUUACAACGAAGGCAACAUGGUCGUUUCAAGUGAAGAAGAAGAAGAGGAAUCAUCCAUAGUAACAGAUGAGACGAUGAUCAUCCAUGAGUGGAAGUCUCUAUACUUGGCUGAUAUCUUAGCAAACUCCAGGUUCAGUGACUUGAGCCCGGCAAGCUUCAUGGCGUCAUGGCACUCCUCUGAAUCACCUCUAGAUCCAUCCUUGUUUAAGGACCUUGAAAAGAAGUACUCCGGUCUGAAAACCUCAACCCGGUUAGAAAGGAAGUUUGUGUUUGAUUGGAUCAACAGUGAGAUUCUCCAGUUCUUUGAGCAGUUCACUGAUCUUAAGGUCUGCCCAAAAUGGGAUAUAAGCAUGAUGCAUGAAACUCUGUGUGAGCUCGUCACUAGAAAACACAGGAGAGAUACAAAGGAGAAGGAGUCGCAGUUGCCAACGUUGGAAGAUGGCAUUGAAGUGAUAGGCAAGGAGAUUGAAGAAAUGUUGACACAUGAACUCAUAGCAGAGGUCUUUGAUUGCUCUAGACAAGUUACAUAAGAUUUAAUAUCUAUCAGUCAUACUAAAACAUUUGUGCAAAAAUGCAAACAUUUCUAACAAGUUAAAUUUAUCAUAA